AACGAUCCAAAUUGGCAUAUGUUUGCUAUGCAUAAUAUAAAUAUUUUCCAUUUAUUUUUCUAUGGAUGUGGUUAGCUAAUUGGUUAAUUAAGUAAGACCGCGGGCAGAAAGUAUCGACGGAAAUCCAUUUUUGUGCAAGCCAAGCUGGAUGCUGGUUUCUGUAAGAAGCGCCAUGCCCUCACCAAAGACACGAAGACAGGUAUCCAGCAAUAUUUCUGGCUUUUGGUAUAAAAGUGCGGGCCCAUCUGCAGUUGGACAUCAUUCAGCUUGAGCGUCUUGCGACAAGAGCUUGCCAAAGCAAAUCCAACGAACUUUAAAGGCCCAACCAACAAAUAAACAACAAUGAAACUCUUCGUCUUUGCUGUGUGCGCCAUUGCCUUGGCCUCCGCCGACGUUUCCCACCUUAACCUGGGCAGUGGUUACAGCUACAACAAGCCCACGCCGAUCUUCAACAUCCCCUCAGCCCCAGCCCCGGCUUAUCUGCCACCCGCCCAGGAGGUGAUAUCCGCGCCUGCUCCAGCUCCAGUGUACUCGGCUCCGGCACCCGCGCCUGUUUCGGAGUACCUACCUCCUGUUCAGGAUAUACCAGCUCCCGCCCCUGUAUACUCUGCUCCUGCGCCAGCUCCGGUCUACUCUGCUCCUGCGCCAGCUCCGGUCUACUCUGCUCCUGCGCCAGCUCCGGUCUACUCUGCUCCUGCGCCAGCUCCGGUCUACUCUGCUCCUGCGCCAGCUUCUGAGUACUUGCCUCCAGUCCAGGAUAUUCCGGCUCCUGCGCCUGCUCCUGUUUACUCGGCUCCAGCCCCAGCACCGGUAUACUCCGCUCCCGCUCCCGCACCCGCACCCGUUUCAGAGUACCUGCCUCCUGUUCAAGACAUCCCCGCUGCCGUACCUGUUUAUUCUGCUCCUGCUCCAGCUCCGGUCUAUUCUGCUCCUGCUCCAGCUCCUGAGUACUUGCCUCCAGUCCAGGACAUUCCGGCUCCGGCGCCCGCUCCAGUUUACUCUGCCCCAGCUCCAGCUCCAGUUUACUCUGCUCCUGCUCCCGCUCCCGCUCCCGUUUACUCUGCUCCUGCUCCUGCACCAGCUCCAGUUUACUCUGCUCCUGCACCAGCUCCAGUUUACUCUGCUCCUGCACCAGCUCCAGUUUACUCUGCUCCUGCACCAGCUCCAGUUUACUCUGCCCCAGCUCCAGCUCCUGUGGAGUCGGGCUACCAGUACAACGUGCCUGCCAAGCGUUUCCGCUUCUAAAUGGACAUCAGGUGUAUCCAAAAGAGCACCAGAGCCACUUGCGUGGUGACAGCUUGUUAAAUUAACAAGUGCGCCGCCCAUUGUUGUUGAAAAUUUGUUGUUACGCAAAGUUCCCGUUGAGAUUUUAGCUAAUAAAAAAAAUUAUAAAACAAUAUGUAAGAACAGCCGCUGCA